CCGUUCUUCUAGUUGAAUCCAUCUUGCCACAAUGCCCGAAGCCACUAGAGCUACAGGUGAUAACCAGCAACGGGAAGAUAACCGAUCCUUCUUCGAAAAGUAUGGCGGCACCAUCUUCCAAAUGGUAGCCAUGUGGAUGGUCUCAAGGUACUUGUUUGGAGGCGGUGCUCAACAACAGCCGGCCAAGGAGGCUCAACCCAAUGUGCCUUCUCCUAAUUCCGCAUCAUUCGAACAGCAACAGGCGGCCGUUGCGACCGAUUACUUCCCUAUCCUUCCCAACGGUGUCUUUUACAACCCCACUCCCGCUCACCUUAGCGUGGCCGAUCUACCUGAAACGUUUAUACCUUUGUGGACUGCUGGUCUUCAUAUGGAUCUUACCGUCUACACUUCUGAAAAUGCUUAUUUCACCGACUACAACGCUAAACCUAUUUGGAACGCUGAGAACAUCUCUUGGGGUGACUAUGAUGACAAGCGUGAACAAAUGGUUGAGAUUCCUGCUACCGAGACUAUUCAGAACAACGGAACUGUUUACGCUCAUAUCUUCUUGAGACAUCACGACGCUCCCAUCGACCCCAAUCACCCCGACUACAUUCAAAACCGUGUUGUGUACUAUCGCCAUACCUUGACCAAGUUCUAUCCCAAGAAAUCAAUCAUUAAGCAAAAGAAUCUGCUUAAGGGAGGAGCUGUAGAGGAAGAAGAGGUACAGGAGCCAGUUCAUUACGAUGAGACUGAACAGCAAGCUGGAAUGGGCGGUUUGCUUGGAAACUGGACCCGAAAAGCUCCUAUGGUUGCUUACUGGUACCCCAACGUUACCAUUACCGUUCUUAGCGAUGCUAAAACCGUCGUUCCCAAGCGAAGUGUCAGCCCACAAAUGUGGAAAUAUUUCCAAUUGGAUGCCGAUAACGCCUUGGAUAAGACUGGUAAAUUUGGUUUCUUCCGCCCUACUAUCUUCCCCAAUGACUUCUGGUCCCUCCGCGAAUAUGCCUACCCUGUGAAUGAGUCAGUCAGCACUUUGCCUCUUAUCAUCCAGUUUGCACCUAUUUCCAUGGUUAAAUUCCAACUUUACUCCGUAUUGGAGGACGCCAUGGACAAGCAAACAUCUGGACCUAUGGGCGGAAGCACUGCCUCUGAGAUGGACGAAAUGAAGCGCAUGUUCCUUGAAACCAAUCCCAUCUUGCUCGGAACCACUAUCUUUGUCAGUCUUUUGCACAGUCUUUUCGAAUUCUUGGCGUUCAAGAGUGACAUUUCUUUCUGGAGACAAAAGCAGGAUAGCGCCGGUGUCUCUGUCCGAACUAUCGUCGUCAACAUCUUUUUCCAAAUCGUCAUUUUCCUUUAUCUCAUGGACAACAACCAGGAAACAUCGUGGAUGAUUUUGAUAGGACAAGGUUUUGGAUUGCUGAUUGAAGUCUGGAAGGUGUUCAAGGCUCUCAAGUAUGAGGUGUACCGUAUCCCUGGUUCCAUGAUUCCUCGCAUUCGCUUGCAAGCCGAUGCUCAAGAGAUUUCUGAGCAAGAGAGCGAGACCAAGAAAUACGAUGAAAUGGCAUACCGUUAUCUCAGCUGGAUCGCCUAUCCUCUGCUUGCUGGUUACGCCCUUUACUCGUUGUACUAUGAUGAACACAAGAGCUGGUACUCAUACGUCCUCAAGACCUUGGUCGGUUUUGUUUACAUGUUUGGUUUUAUCACCAUGACUCCUCAGUUGUUCAUCAACUACAAGUUGAAAAGUAUCGCACAUAUGCCAUGGAAGACUCUCAUGUACAAGUCACUCAACACUUUUAUCGAUGACUUGUUUGCUUUCUGUAUCAAGAUGCCCACACUUCAUAGACUUGCUUGCUUGAGAGACGACGUUGUUUUCUUCGUCUACUUGUACCAACGCUGGGCGUACAAGGUCGACCCCACUCGUGCCAAUGAAUACGGCCAAGUGGGUGUUGCACCUGAAGAGGUUGAAAAGGCCAAAGAGGGAGAAGUCAAGGAAACGAAGAAGACCAAAUAGACAUGAAUGAAUCUUGGUGGAGGCUCUCUCACAUUGGACAAAAUAGAGGAAAUGUACUUUUGUGAAUUUAUUACUGUAUGGAAAUAACGAAAUACUACUUUUUUCAAUAUCUUUUUGGAGAUUUUUGCGCGUUUUGGUUGCAGAAUGUCAGUCUUAGCUGUAACAUUUUCGGGUACUUUUUUGGAUGGGCUAAUGGAUUGCUUUUGACGUGGAAUGCUGAAAAUGACGCGACUGCCUUGCUCGCCAGCGGGUG